UGUUGUGCACAACAAAAUAUUUCGUUUCAUUUUUUUUUUAUAAUUACAUAAAAUGGUACAAAAUUAAUUCACUUUUUAACUAGAGAGCAAAUAUUUGCUUUUAUCUUACUAACUUAUUGCUCUCUCAAUCGUAUAUAUAUUUGCAAUGGAAUCCAAACGACAACAAUCCUCUACCGCCUCAACCGCGGCUGUCUCUACCAACUAUUUAAAGGCAAGUUCCUUGAUAUUGGCCGGACUUGGAGUGGCUGCUGUGGGAUUCGCUGGUAAACAUUUGGUACGCCGCAUGCCACAGAUGACAACCAAAAUCAAUGAGGCCCUAAAAAAUUUGCCCAAAUUCGAUGCCGAAAGCAUGGCCAAUUCAAAAUACUAUAAAGGCGGCUUUGAGCCGAAGAUGAGCAAACGUGAGGCAGCUCUCAUCUUGGGUGUCAAUCCAAGUGCCAAUAAGCUAAAGAUUAAGGAUGCCCAUAAGAAAAUUAUGCUGUUAAAUCAUCCAGAUCGAGGCGGAUCACCAUAUCUGGCGGCCAAAAUCAAUGAGGCCAAAGAUUUUUUGGACAGUGGCAAAUGAUCCUAUGAUGAUAUCAAACAAUAGUCCAGUUUAGAUUGAGGGUGGUCCGCCGAUUUGUAUAUUAACUAAGUGUGUAUUUAGUGUGUAUAGGCAUUAAAAAAACCAAAAAAAAAAAAAUCCAAAAUUUGUUAUGAAUUUGUUUAUAAGUUCUGCAUAUGAAAUUACAAACUUUGACUAAGAU